CUCUGUUUCAGAACUCAAACACCAUAGAGCCUUCUUCAGCUUCAAGUACACGGUCUCUUUCUCUUUCUCUUUCUCUCUCUCUGAUUCGAAAGUUCGAUUUUUUAGUUUUUCUUCAGUCCCAAUUGUUCGUUUCAAUCUCUGUAGUGUUCUUCUUCAACUUUUCCACUUUCUGCAGCACAAGAAAAUCGAAUCUUAAUCUGCUCCGAAAUUCCAAGCAUUUCGCUUUUUUCUGUGCCUCUUUUGUAUUAUUAUAUUUUGUUUUAUUCAUUCCUUUAAGCGGUGUUAGUGAUCAUCGCCACAGUUGAUAGAUCCUUCAAUUUUUUUCUUCCUCUCUGCUGAUUCUCAGCUAAAUUGCUUACAACAAAAAAAUGGUUCUUCCACGUGAUCUGUAACAUUGGCAUUUUCAGCUACAUUUUUGGUACUACCGCCAAAUUGUCUUGGUUUAUCUUGUUCUUGUUUCCACACUUUUAUGUUCAUUUGUUUCAAUUGCACUUGUCUUUUUAGCCGCCAAAGUGCCAAACUUUGUUGGGUCUGUUCUCAUAUUCGGCUGUCUUCAACUUUGAAUUGAAAAGUUCUCUCCUUUGUCUAUUUCUCUUUCUUGUUGGUGGCACUUUGAUCAGCCCCUUUUGAUCCCUUGAUUUUCGGAGUAGAAGUGGAGUACAGUGAUCUGAAUUUAUCUUUUAGCUUAAAUCAUUGACUGGUUUUAUGCUUGGCUUCAAAGAUGAUGCAUGAUCAUAGAAAAAAGUCCUCUGUAGAUGUAGAUUUCUUUACAGAGUAUGGUGAAGGGAGUAGAUACAAAAUAGAGGAAGUAAUUGGCAAAGGAAGUUAUGGUGUUGUUUGCUCUGCAUAUGAUACACACACUGGAGAAAAGGUUGCAAUAAAGAAGAUAAAUGAUAUAUUUGAACAUGUCUCUGAUGCUACUCGCAUUCUUCGGGAGAUCAAGCUUCUUAGACUCUUACGCCAUCCUGAUAUUGUGGAGAUUAAGCAUAUUUUGUUACCUCCUUCUAGAAGGGAAUUCAAGGAUAUAUAUGUUGUUUUUGAACUAAUGGAAUCUGAUUUACAUCAGGUCAUCAAAGCAAAUGAUGAUUUGACUCGAGAACAUUACCAGUUUUUUCUUUAUCAGCUUCUUCGAGGCUUGAAGUAUAUACACACAGCAAAUGUUUUUCACCGAGAUCUAAAGCCGAAAAACAUUUUAGCAAAUGCCGACUGCAAAUUGAAGAUUUGUGACUUUGGUCUUGCUAGAGUGGCUUUCAACGAUACACCAACUGCUAUAUUCUGGACUGAUUAUGUUGCUACAAGGUGGUAUAGAGCUCCUGAGUUGUGCGGAUCCUUUUUCUCCAAGUAUACACCAGCAAUAGACAUAUGGAGCAUUGGCUGCAUUUUUGCAGAACUAUUAACUGGAAAACCUCUUUUCCCUGGGAAGAAUGUUGUCCAUCAAUUGGACCUCAUGACUGAUUUUCUCGGGACACCAUCUCAUGAAGCCAUAGCUAGGGUAAGGAACGAAAAAGCUCGGAGAUACUUGAGCAGCAUGCGUAGGAAGAAGCCAGUUCCUUUCUCCCAGAAGUUUCCUAAUGCAGACCCCCUUGCCCUUCGUUUGUUAGAAAGAAUGCUGGCAUUUGAGCCUAAGGAUCGACCUACUGCUGAUGAGGCUCUAGCUGAUCCAUAUUUCAAAGGCUUGGCCAAGGUUGAGAGAGAGCCUUCUGCUCAGCCAGUUACCAAGAUGGAAUUUGAAUUUGAGAGACGCAGGAUAACAAAGGAAGAUGUACGAGAACUCAUAUACCGAGAGGCUUUGGAGUACCAUCCAAAAAUGUUAAAGGAACAUCUAGAGGGAGCAGAGCCAACAGGUUUCAUGUAUCCGAGUGCUGUUGACCACUUCAAGAAGCAAUUUGCAUAUCUCGAGGAGCAUUACGGAAAAGGUGGAACCGUUACUCCACCUGAAAGGCCACAUGCAUCAUUACCCAGGCCAUGUGUACUAUAUUCAGAUAAGUCGAAACCGAAUGUAUCUGAGGUUGCAGAAGAUCUCUCAAAGUGUAGCAUAAGAGAAAGUGAGAAGCCAGCCAUAGAUAGGAAUGGUGUUAUGCCGUUGACCAAGCCUCCUUUACAUGCUCCUCAAAAUAUUCAAGGCAUAGCUGCCCGGUCUGGGAGAGUUGCUGGUUCGGCGUUGAAUUACAACAACUGUGGGGUAGCAGUGACAGCAGAGGCUGCUCAGCGGAGGAUGGUUAGAAAUCCACCUGUAUCGACACAAUAUGCUGCUUCUAGCUGUUCAUAUCCUAGAAGAAACCCGAGCUGUAAAACCGAAAGGCCAGAAGACAAUGGUAUUGAAGGUUCUAACGGACUUCAACCGAAGCCUCAAUACAUGGCACGAAAAGUUGCAGCCGCUCAAGGUGGAGCUGGUGGUCAUUGGUAGAGGUUUUACGAGUAAUUUGUGGCCAACCACUGCCUUAUGCCAUGCGAGCUGAUAUCCCGGUUCUUGUCCCAUUCCUGAACCAAGAUCAAUCAUCUUGAUUGAACAAAAGGUUUGAUUGGCAAAACCUUGAACUGAAUCUGGGAGGUAAAAUCACUGGGAGAAGUUUUCUCAGAUCUUAAAGCACGAUGCUUCACCAAUAUGAGGUUUGGAAGGGGGGUUUCUAUAUGAUGAAUUUGUUGCUCUACACUUGAUUAAUAAAAGAGAAUACGAAGCAUGAAAUGGAAGCAGUGCAGUUGCUGCCCACAAAUUUGUGGUGUUCUCUAUUGAAUAGAUAUAUAAAUUAUAAAGUGUAUUAGCCCUGAAAUUUUGGGCAUCGUAACAAUGAUAUAUUUUAGCCGUUUAACUUUCCUGCUUUUGGUCAGAAUAAUCGUUCUCCCUUGUCAUGUCUUCUAUUUGUUCUCUCUAUAGGCUGAAUGAAUGGUCAUAAAAACUAAUCGAA